AUGAGCUGCAGCUUUUCUAACAGGAUAGCAUGAGGUGUCACUGCUUCUAGGGGUCUCAGCUGCUUUUGGUUUCUGGAUUUUAGGGGGGGAGGUACAGCUCCCUAUAAUAAUCUGCUGUUGUGGAUUUGUAUUCCUUGCGGAAUCACAUGGAUUUUACCCGCACUGGAUUGUAAUGUGCAUCUGAUGUCCAGGAUCUGGGGGUCUCCUGCUGAGAGAUGGGGAAACUUUAUUCCAAACAUGCUGCAGUUUGCAAACCCAGAGAGAGCCCUGAAGGUGACAGCUUUGCAGUAAAUGCUUGUUUGGCCAGAAAGGGCAUAGAAGAUUGGAUUGCCAAGCAGAAGUCCUCAAACAUUUCCUGUCACAAACCUGGGUUUAAGAGGGAUCCAUCAGGGGAUAUCUAUAAAGGGAACAUCAGCAACGAACAUUUUCAUCUGGAAGUUGCUCUACCUCCUGAGAAAAGUGAGGGUCUGUUCACCUGUGAAGACAAGAAGGCAGGAGACAAAGACCCAGACGGAAGGGCAAAGAAACAGCUGAAAUUCGAAGAACUUCAGUGUGAUGUAUCGGUGGAAGAAGAUAACCGCCAAGAGUGGACAUUCACCUUGUACGACUUCGACAACAGCGGAAGAGUGACAAGAGAGGACAUUACAAGUUUACUACACACCAUAUAUGAAGUAUUUGAUGCAUCAGUAAACCACUCAUCCAGCUCCAGUAAAACUCUUAGGGUCAAGCUAUCUGUGGCCCCAGAUGCCACUUUGAAGAAGAGGACUGUCCUCCUGAAUCACACAGAAAUACAGAAUGGAAGAUACAGAAGUGAAAGCAAAGUAACUGAAGAGCUUAAAAAGCAGCGUAGUUCUUCAAGACAUAACCCAGCUGAAAAUGAAACAGAACAGACAGAAUGUCUCCGGCAGUGUGUGGAUGAGAACAUUGAACGGAGAAACCACUACUUGGAUCUUGCUGGAAUAGAAAACUACACAUCAAGAUUCGGGCCAGGCUCUUCUUCAGCUGAAAAACCAGAUUCACAUACAAGAGCCUCCAAUCAAAUGAGGUCUCGGUCUCAUGAACCAGAAACCCUUCAUCUACACCAGAGAAGGUCCCAGGCAUUGGAUCCUGGACAUUUCAGCAUAUUAGAUCCUUCCCAUCCAAAGAUGGUCGAACUUCAACAAAGGCAACGAGGUCAAGAAUCCAACAAACAUUCUGUGAGAAGUCCCAAAGCCUCAAAUAAGAACACCACAGCAUUAAACAGUCAGUCAGGAAGGACACCAAGGAGCAAACCCAUCCAUGGUGUGCAAAUUCCUGUGACUUCUCCAACUGCACUUAUGGGUCAGAGCUAUCCUUAUCACCCUUUACCGCCUCAACAACCUCAUAGAAAGAGCAAGCAGAAAAUGAAGGAAGGCCACCAGAUGUGCAAAGCUUUCCAGUCCCCUAUUAACGUAGUGGAAAAAGAGCAUGUGAGGGAUUUGCCAAGUAUGCUAUUGUAUGAUGGCCACAGUGGACACUUGGUACAAAGACAUGAGCAUCAUCAUCACCAUGAGCAUCACCACCACUAUCACCAUUUCUACCAAACAUAAUUUGGACCAUUUAUUCCUCAUCCUGAGAAGACCUGCAGAACUUGGUGCCUGUCCUGAAAAGGAAGUUGCUUUCUUAGGAACAAAACAAAAUUGUCUUGACAUACAAUUUAUGGACAAUAUUAUUGUACAAUGGCAAAGAGGACCCAGUGGAUACUGCUAACUAUAUUUUGAACUCAACCAAGCACUUCUUAGAAUUUGGACCUGGCAGAUUUGCAUUAAAUGGUGUUUAUUCAUCUUACAUUCUGUUUGUAUACACGCCUUUAAAGUCAGCGCUAAUCGUUUUUUAGAAACAAGGAAAUAAAUAACAACAAUUCCCACAAACAGCACACUACCUCUAGUAUUAAUUCUAGUUUGACUUUGAGGCGGGUAGACCCAAGUAACAUAUAUUUAUAUACCUAUAUACCUAUAUGUUAUUGUUUACCUUAUCCCUGUUUAUAAACUCAAAAAAGCCAACAUUCUUCUCUUUUCUUAACUGUUUCUAAAGUUAAAUCAUUGGAACUAUUUAUAUGUACAGGAAUUUUAAGUCUUUUUCAAUAUUAUGACUGUUGACAAGUAGAACUUAUAACAUUCUGAAUUAUCCAUUGUCAAAAUCUAUGGUGUCUAUGAACAGGUUGUCUGGGUAAAACCAACCCUGUUCCAUAUAUCCUAUUAGGAAUGCCCCCUUUACUAGCAAUUGCCAACAUCUUUAAGGCUUAGUGUUAAGAAACCAUUGCCCACUGAUGUGAAUGGGCUUAGUGUAAUGGCCCCCAUUGCUUGCAGCUGCAUUGCGAGUAAAAUGGGCCCUUACAUGUUGGCUAUGUGAUCCUAUAUACUAUGUGACUGCUAGACAUGAUAUUUCUUUGUUGUUUGAAGCAAUUUAUUAAUUAGGUAAGACUUCUGGCUGGCCAUCGUUCUAAUAGUGAGAUCACAUGACUUAAACCCCACCCAGCCCAGGCAGAAUUUUUCAUACAGUUUUCAGCGUUUUAGCAUUUCCAUGUGUAAAAGGCAACACUUUAAUUCAUUUCUUCUCAACACUUAGAGGUUUUUCUCUUCAUUGUUAUUCUUUGAACCUUAUCAGGUAUAUAGUAUAAAUAUAUAUAAAUCUAUAUAAAAGUAUAUUAUAUAUACACUCAGGUACUUUUUUGCGUUUAAACAAAUCUGUGGUUUGGUUAUCUGUAGCAUUCUGUUCUUUUUUUUAUUAUUAUAAUUAUUAUUUUAUUUUAAAGAGUUUCUAUGUAUUAUAACAGAAUGUUGUGUUAAAACCUUGCUGUUUUCAGGGCAAAAAUUCCCAUUUUUGUAAGGAAAAAAGCUGAAUUGUGAAGGAGUAUAUUUAAUUUCUUUUUCUUCUGUUUUUUUAUGUUCAACUUAAUGAAAAUAAAGCAGAUACUAGGACUGUCCCUGUUAUGCAGGUUACUAUCUCUUACACAGGAAUAGCUGGCUAUGGAAAUGCUAUAUUAUGAAGUUCAGUAAAGGCAGCCAUAUUUUGGACUAAACCAGUUGUGGGCAAGCUGUCAGUUCACAAAGAGCUAGUAACUUUAUGGAGGUAUGACACACAUACUGUUUUUUGUUUUGUUUUGUUUUUUUGCUCCAAGACGAUUGGUAUGAUUGGUAUACAUUACUAUAGCUUGGAAUGCCUUUUAUUACCACCUGUUCUGUUAACCUGGAGCAAAAAUCUUUAUAGGGUUAUGAUAAACUUCCAAGUUCCUUUAUUUUUUUUCUUAUCUUGUUCCUUAAAUGAUAUUUCUAUAUUCAUUAUUAAAAGGAUAAAGUUCCCUAUUUAUUAGCUGCAGAUACACUUUACUUUUAAUGGCAGCUCUGAAAUGAAGGUGAAAUGACUGCUCUUCUAUUUAAAGUAUUAGUGUGUUUUAGCUUACUGCCUUGUGUCUAUAUGAUACCAUUUUUAUAAGGUUCAGGAUGAAACAAAAACCCCUAUGUUGAACCCCUAUGUCUAGUUUAUUCAUAGUUGUUGGAUGAAUGGCUUGAUAUCCUAUGUUUCCUUUCCAUAUGGUCUAAAAUUUUUGUAAACAUUACCCCCUGCAACCAUGCUUGUCAGAACAGCAUCUCAAUUAUUUAUAUAGUCUAUAAUAGAUUAAAGAUAACAGGUGAAAAUAUCUGCACUCGAAAUGUAGAUUGAGGCCCUUUCUUCCUUAAAAUAUAAAGUGUGCACCCUAUAAUACAGUGGUCACCAUCGCAGUCCUCAAGACCAAUUCUAUAUCCAGGAUUAACAUUUUUCCUUGUUCCGUUCCAAUAACGGAGUAAGUGAAAAAACCCAGAAUGUUGGUGGGCCAUGAUGACUGGGUUAGGGACCACUGCAUACAGUGUGUUGCUACCCUUACAUGCCAGAUAACAGGUGGUACACUGAUGUUUUAUUGUUAUAAGAAAAGGUGAUUUUUCCCACUUAGAACUUUGUUAGCUAAGCUAAGCCCUGUGUUUGUGGUGCUUUCAAGAAGGUGUUUGGAGGAUGAAAAUCUCAGAAAUGUUUAUUUUAUCAUGACUUUUACUCCAGCUGUAAUUUUUACUCUGAUUUCUUUAAACAUUAAACCACUGUUACAUGCAGCCUA